UUUAUCGAUGAUCGAUUAAGCUAGUGACUCCAACUCUCGAGGUACUCGAGUAUCUAUAGAUCCAUUCUCGCAGUGCUUCAUGUCUCAUUCUGCUAGAGGCACUGCAGCGCGUGUCAUGCGUUCUUUUAACCUCUCGCAACAUGCGUAUUGAAACGUGUUAUUUUUGCUCGUCCCGGAUAUAUCCGGGACAUGGAAUUGAGUUCGUGAGGAAUGAUUCCAAGCUAUUCAGGUUUUGUCGCGCAAAGUGUCACGCCGCGUUUAAGAAAAAGAAGAACCCCAGGAAGGUCAAAUGGACGAAGGCGUACAGGAAGACAGUUGGCAAGGAAUUGGCAAUCGAUCCAUCAUUCGAGUUCGAGAAGAGGAGAAACAUACCCGUGAAAUAUAACAGAGAACUAUGGGGCAAAACGAUCGAGGCGAUAAAGAAGAUAGAAACCAUCAAACAGAAGCGACAGAAUCUACACAUUAUGCAGCGGUUGUACAAGGGAAGAGAAUUGGAACAGGAGAAGGAUAUCAAGGAGGUACGACGCAAUAUGUCCCUCAUCCGCUCGCCAGCUGCUGGUCUCAAGGAGAGGAAAGCACAGGAAGAGCAGGAAGAACAAGAACAGAUGAACGUGGAGCUCGAGAUGGAAACGGAACAAAUGGUGGCAAACUAGAUUUCAACGAUGCGUUUUUCUUUCGAUAUCAAAUUCAAAAAAUAGAAUAUUGUUCUGAAAAAAUCCUGUUAUCUCCUUUCCAUCUCAUUUACCUGAAAAUGCAUGCUUCGCAAUUUCUACGAGAUUUCUACAGAUGGAGCCAUGGAGCCAUAGAGCUAAGCUAAUCACAUGGAAAGUAAGAUGCAAUAAAUAUUUAUUCAUUAAA